ACGUCAGCAGACGCUGCUGCAGAUACCUGUCCAGGGAUUUUCUCGUCAUUAAAGUCCAUUCCUGGACAAACUGGUCCACGGAUGAUCUGCAUACUGCUGGUAGCCGGGCACGGCGCACUUUUAGAGGCACAGAUUAAGAAUGACGACACGGGUCUCUACAGCCACCUGGCCGGCGUACCGAAGGCGCUGCUGCCUGGCAUCGGGGGGAAGAAGAUCCUGGACUUCUGGUGGGAAGCUGUCAACAUGAGGCAGCUCUUCACCGACGUCUAUCUGGUCACCAAUGCGGACAAGUUCAAACACUACGAGCGCUGGGCUACGGCCAACGGCUUCCCGGUGGAGAACGUGGUGAACGACGGCAGCACCAGGCCGGAGGACCGGCUGGGCGCCCUGGCCGACCUGGAGCUGGUCAUACGGAGCCGGCAGCUGCAGGACGACGUGGUGGUGAUCGCCGGAGACAUGCUGUGUGCAGACCAGAACUUCGACAUCGCUCAGGUCAUUCGCUUCUUCAGGUCAAAGCCCGGAGAGGUGGUGAUCUACUACGAGCUGGAGGAUGGGGAGGAGAGCAGCUCCAGAGGAAUCGUGGAGGCGUGUCCCGACACCCACAGGAUAAGUCGCUUCUUGGAGAAACCUGCGAAGGGCCUGACGGCGUCGCGGCUGGCCAGCGUGGUGUUCUACUGCAUCCGGAGAGAAACGCUGACCUCCAUGUCGGACUUCCUCAGCCUGCAGCCUGACGCCUCAAAUCAGGCCUUCGGACACUUCUGGGAGUGGCUCAUCAACCGCAAGCAGAUGGAUGUGUUUGGAAUGAAGCUUCCAACCGGCUUCCAGCUCAUCGGACAAGUGGGUUUGUCGGACUACACCAAGUGGCUCACGCACUACUCCACCAAGAAGAAGGACAACCUGGCCAAACCCAUCACAUGCCGAUCACAUGCCAGGGUUGGGCUGAUGGGUAAUCCAUCAGACGGCUUCAACGGGAAAACCAUCGCCAUGACCAUCUCUAACUUCUGGGCCGAGGUUACGCUGGUGGAAAGCGAGACUUUGGUUUUGGUCCCCCACCCACUCAAUGACCCCACAGAGUUCGGCGGUCUGCAGGACCUGUUCUGCAUCAGCAGGAAGGAAGGGUAUCUGGGAGGUCUGCGGCUGCUGCAGGCCACCUGCAAGAAGUUCUACCAGUUCUGCUCCAAACAGGGCAUCGCUUUGACCAAGCAGAACUUCACCCUGAAGUACGACACCAACAUUCCUCGGCAGGUGGGCCUCGCUGGAAGCAGCGCCAUCGUCGCAGCCACGCUGAAGUGCCUCAUGAAGUUCUACAACAUCACAGACGGCGAUCUCCCCAAACCGGUGCGGGCCAACUUCAUCCUGAACGUGGAGACGGAGGAGCUGUUCAUCACGGCUGGUCUCCAGGACCGAGUGGUUCAGGUGUACGAGGGCCUGGUCUACAUGGACUUCAGCAAGGAGGUGAUGGAGGAGCAGAGCUACGGGAACUACGUUUCCAUGGACAUGGCGGACCUCCCCCCCUUCUGGCUGGCCUACCUGAGCGACCCCAGCGACUCCGGACGGAUCCACAGCAACAUCCGGCAGCGCUGGAUCAACGGGGAGCCCGUGGUGACGGAGGCCAUGAGGCGUUUUGCCGAGCUCACCGAUCAGGCCAGGACGGCGAUCCAGGAGAGAGACUGGAACCAACUGGCCCAACUGAUGGACCAGAACUUUGACCUGAGGAGGUCCAUCUACACCGACGACUGUCUGGGUCCGGGGAACCUCCGGAUGGUGCAGCUGGCCAGGCAGUUCGGCUCAGCGGUGAAGCUACCUGGCAGCGGGGGGGCCGUGGUGGGGCUGUGUCUGGACCGGGAGAGGCUGGUGGAGAUGAGACGGGCCUUCCAGGAGGCGGGCUGCGUCUUCUGCCUCAUCACUCCCUACGACCCGUCCAGCGGCGGCGCCGGACGCCAGCGCUGACCCCGCUGACCCCGCUUCCUCAGCGGGUGUGGCUGAGGGCGCUCCUGCCCGCCAGAGGUCCCGGAGUCGUCUCCAUGACAACGGGGAUGGAUUUAACCAGAAAUGAUCACGUUCCUCAGGAGGACCACCUUCUCCAGGGGUGGCAGCUCUGACCGUGCAGCUGGACGUCUGCACUUCUGGGUUCAUUUAAGGUGGAAUGAUUCAUCCCCUAAUUUAUCCUCAGCAAUGUGGAAUCAUGUAACGAGUUUAUAUAAAUGUAAUUAACUUAAUAACUGUAGAAUGUUUGUAUCACCAACCUGAUUUUAUACGCAGAUAUUGAGAUUAAAAGCAGUUUCA